AUGGCUGCACUACUGGUGCGGAACGACCGUCGGAUCAUCCUCCACCUGGAUUAUGACUGUUUCUAUGCAUCGGUGUUUGAGGCUGAGCAACCUGCACUGAAAUCGCUCCCUCUGGCAGUUCAGCAAAAACAGAUCGUAGUAACAUGCAACUACGAAGCCAGACGACGUGGUCUGCAUAAAUUGCAACUCAUCAAAGAUGCCAAGCGCAUCUGUCCGGAUGUCGUUAUAGUUCUGGGUGAAGACCUGACUAAGUUUCGAAAUGCCUCCAAGGAGCUUUACAUGCUGGUUCGAUCCAUUGUCUGGGGAGGGCGUGUUGAAAAGCUAGGGUUUGACGAGCUCUUUCUCGAUGUGACGGAAAUGAUCGACUACAAUACCAGCGUGCUAAAUCAGAAUGAUUUGGUGAAUUCAUUUUUCUAUCUUGAUCGGACCGACCCAACCGUUGGGUUCAGCUACGAUGCUACUCAAUUCCAGGGAUCGACGUUCCCGGCAAUGGACGCUGCCUGCAUUGGUCAGCAGGAUCCCUCAGCGUUGGAAAUGAGGUUGCUUGUUGCCUCUCAUUUACAGGGUCAUAUACGAAGCAAGUUGGAGCAUCAGAUAGGCUUCACGGCUACAGGCGGCAUCUCAACUUCCAAAUUGCUGGCAAAGUUGGUUGGUAACGUUCACAAGCCUAACGGUCAAACAACUCUUCUGCCGCCCUACGUGACCACUGAGGAUAAUACAAGCCAUGUGUUCCAAUUUCUGGAUGACCAUGAGAUUCGGAAAAUUCCCGGGAUUGGAUCACGAAUAGCCCAGAAAUUAACAUCCCAUGUCACGGGGCAAGAGACCGCUGACGAAAAGAUCACCGUUCAACAUGUCCGACAAUUUCCUGGCAUGAACCCCGUCUUGCUGGACAAAAUCCUGGGUGGGCCAGGUUCAGUGAAAGGGAUCGGGAUGCGCAUGUGGAGCAUUCUCCAUGGUGUAGACAAUUCUGAAGUACUCGAGGGUCGCGAUGUGCCUACCCAGAUUAGCAUUGAGGACUCUUAUGGUCGAUUGGAUACACUCGAAAGUGUACGACGAGAGCUCGUUGUCUUGACCCGAAGUUUGAUCCGCCGUAUCAGGACUGAUCUGCUUGACAUGACUGAUGAUACUUCUCCUCAAGGGAGAUGGCGUGCGCAUCCUCGCACUCUGCGGUUAUCCACACGACCGAGGCUCCCGCCAGAUGCGGGUACUGGACGUACCUACCACUCCAAUCGCAUCUCUCGGUCGGCGCCCCUUCCGCCUUUUAUCUUCAAUUUGGACGAGAACAUCGAUUCCCUGGCCGAGCGGUUAGUCCGAGAGAGUAUCUUUUCUAUGUUCCGCAAAUUGCAUCCUGAAAAGUCGGGGUGGAAUCUCAGUUUAUUGAACGUGGCAGUGACUAACAUGGUGGAGCGCGCGGGGGAUCAGAAGCAACAUAGUGGACGUGAUAUCGGGAAGAUGUUUCGACACCAGGAGACCACGCUUAGAGAAUGGACCGUGCAAGAACCCAAGCCACCACCGUUGUCCGUUGACGUGUCACGACUGCCAGAUCCUGGUUCCCCUGCGAUUCAGCCACAAUCCGAGGACGAGUGGGAGGAUGGCGACGACGAACCGCUGGGGCUGGACUGCCCCAUCUGUGGGGUGCCAAUUCCACACUUCGCCCAGUUAGCACACCAGAUGUAUCAUUCGGCUCCCGACUAA